CCAUAAGGCCUCACUUGCUAUCUUUCAGAUUUCUGGGACACAGCCGGGCAGGAACGUUUCCAGAGCCUUCAUGCCUCCUACUACUAUAAAGCCCAUGCAUGCAUCAUGGUCUUUGACAUCCAGAGGAAAGUCACCUACAAGAACCUGGCCAAUUGGUACAAAGAGCUGCGGGAAUACCGGCCCGAGAUCCCCUGCAUCGUGGUGGCCAACAAAAUAGACGCUGACAUGAAGGUGACCCAGAAAAGCUUCAACUUUCCUCGGAAGUUGAACCUGCCCUUCUAUUUCGUGUCUGCUGCCGACUUUAGCAACGUGGUGAAGAUUUUCAAUGACGCCAUCAAACUGGCCAUUGCGUACAAACAGAAUUCGGAGGACUUUAUGGACGAAGUCUUGAAGGAGCUGGAGAACUUUGAACUGGAGAAGAAGGAAGGCGAAUUGUCGGACAAAGAGGAGAACGACCCAGAAGGAAUCCAGGCUUCACCUUGAGCCCUACCUAACCUGCUUGGAUCUUACUCCUUUGAGUAGCUAGAAUUCCCCGUUUCUGCCGAGACCCAGGAGAGCAAAAGAGGCCUGCGGCUCAGAGGUGAUCGAGAGUAAGCUUGGCCCUCUCCUCCAUGUUUGUCUCCAUGCAUUGGUGGGAAAGGAGAGGCCUUGGAGAAGAGGAGGAAGGGGGGGAGGAGAUGGACUUUGGUGGGAUGGAAGGAUGGAUGGGGGAAGAGGGAGGCCCCCACCAGGGAACGGCUGUUGCCGGUCUCCGUCUUGAGAAAUAAAGGACUUUUGAAACCCCA